AUGGCCUUGGAAUUCAUGGGUUCUUUGCCUUCACACAUUGUACCAGAUGAAGAGUCCGAACCACAAAAAGAUGAUGUUCAUCAUGAAGGUUCAAGAGAAGAAGAGAAACAAAAAGACCACGGAAAAUACUCUGUAGUAAAGAUACUAGAUUCCGCAUGGGCAGACUCAGAAGAUGCAAUAAUCAUUGCAAGAGAGCUGUUAGCUAUGGCCUUAAUGAUGAAUAUGGAAGAUGGCUCAUUUCCUCUGAGAGAUAUAACCAUCAGCAACCCAGAUAUAUGUCAGAAAGUGCCUGAAAAUCCAAAACUACUGGACGAGAGAAUCAAUAUCUUUGCAGAUUUUCAGGCUGUGGCUAAGACCACCAAAGAUAACGAUGAGAAAGCCCAAAUUUCAGAAGAACUUUCCUCAGUGGCUGAACAGACCCCAGAUGAAGAAAGGAUGAAAAUCUAUGAACAAGCCCUUUGGCUGGCACUGCUUCAAAGCUUUCCAAAGCCAAAGAUUCGAAAGCAAAAGUGCACAGAGAAACUCAGAUCAAAGGAAUCAGGCGUCCAGGGAACCAAGGUGAACUCCCCAGGUGCAUCGGGUCACAAAAAAAAGUCUGGAAAAAAGGGCUCUUUAAGUAGAGAGAAGAGAGAAACUGCAUCCAAGAAACCAAAAGGAGAAGCUGAGAUGGAAGAUCCUCAGGCCUACCGGCUCAUUGGUGUUCUCAGCCAUCUUGGGAAGAGCCUAAAUUCAGGCCAUUAUAUCUGUGAUGCCUUCGACUUUGUGAGGCAGGAGUGGUUCACUUUCAAUGAUUUGCAGGUGUCAAAUAUCGAAGAGGCCACAAUGCAAAAAGCUAGACUUUCCUCCGGGUAUGUUUUCUUUUACAUGCAUAAUGAGAUCUUUGAAGAGCUGUUGGAAAGGGAGAGCUCCCCACCUUAAAGCACAGAGGCAGGGAAGACCUCUCAAGAGUAGGAAGAAAUACAGACUUAAAUUGCACAAAUCUGCUUGACUGCCUCUCUGGCUAUGACUUUCUCCAUGGAAGGAAAACUUUCAACUCUAGCCAAGCACAAAGGAGCAACUAGCAUCCGGGACCAAAGUUCAAGCAGAAACACUUACUUGAAAAUAAAUCUUUGUUCUAACCCUGAUAGAGAUACCUUAGCCCACGGUUCUGGCUGAUAAAUAUUCAUCUCCCCUACUAGACUAGAACUGUGCUUUCCAUAUUCUACUAAUGCAGUGAAUUUUGAGUGUGGUCCUCAAACCAGUACUAUAAGGAACAUGGAAGGACUUGUGAGAGAUGCGGUUUCUUGAUUCCACCAUGGACCCACUAAUUCCAAAACUGAGGAGAGAGGCGGCAGUUUGAUGGCGAGCUUCCAGAAAGUUGGAGAAUCACUACCAUAGUGUGUAGAGUAUCUUGGUGUAUUUUCCUGUUGUAUAUUUGAAUUGUUUAUAUUUUGUAAAGGAGUUUGAUCACCUUUUUUCUUAUAUUCAUUCAUACCUUUCCUUUGUAAGUGUAUUAAUAUUAACAUCAAAAGACACAGAAUUACUCUUCUGCUGAUCAGAUUCAGCAGUUUGAUGGGAAAAAGCAGUUUCUGUAGUUCUGGCGAAACUAAUGAAAAAACUAGUUGCUGAAGUCCUGGCAAUAAAACAAUAGUUGCUAGGGUCCUGGCAAUAAAUUCUAAAUGAAGCCUGUAGUUUAUGCAUCCUCUUGGGCGUACAUAGAUGAGACUGAACACCCUAUCAAGUCUACAGAUUGUUUGCUUAACUUUUCCUUAAUGCCAAAAGGGCUAUAUACCGUCAAGCUUAAACCCUGAGAAUGGAGAAGUUGAUUUGCCCGCAAGAAAUUCAACACGUUUUCCUGUUUGUCUGCUGGCACAGUGUUCUUGGUUAUCUCAGACCACCAUGCCAUUUUCUUCAGAGGGACACUUGCACUGCCUAAAAGGAAUAUUUGUGACCAGAACUUUACCUGAAGUCUUGACCAAGCUUCACUCAACUUUAUAAGACUAAUUCCAGAUUUCUUUUACUUACUUUAUAGUAUGGUGGCCUUAUUC